CUGCAAGCUGAGAAAAGAAGACUCUCACGAUGACUGAGGAUCAGCGCUUUGUAAUCAGCGCCCGCAUCAUUGGAGCCGUCCACAGGGACACACCAAAACUCAAGAUGUUCAUGAUAUGUCUGCUGUGGUCUGAUGGGGCUGAGGUGAUAAUCUACAGAUCUUUCCAGGAUUUCAAGAACUUUCAUAGGCAGCUGAAAAAGAGAUUUCCUCACAUGAACCCUUUUCGGAAAAACGACAGAGUGAUCCCCAAAUUUCAAGGAAAGGCCAGGAAGAGCAGCCUGCAGCAGAAAGGUUCCAGGCGAUCUAUCCAGCGCAUGAAGUUUUUGGAGAGCUACUGCGAGAAACUGCUCAAGUGCGACCAGACGGUGACUCAGAGCUCAGAGGUCACGCAGUUCUUCACGCCCAAAGACCACGACCUGCAGCCUGACUUCACCAAGAACAGCGUCAUGAUCAUGCUGUCUGAUGAUCUGCCUGAUGAAUCCGGUAGUGGAGUUUCCACUCGCCAGCCUGCAGGCAUUGUCAGCCAGCCGUUGGUCACCCAGACGCACCGCUGCGUGGCCGCCUACGAGACGAAGGACACCAACAAUCGUCCAUUUAAGGUCGCUGUGGACGAGAAGCUGGAUGUACUGAUCAAAGACCCUGCAGGCUGGUGGAUGGUGGAAAACGAGGAGAAGCGCCUGGCCUGGUUUCCUGCUCCCUAUCUGGAGCUAUGGGAUGCAGAGGAUGAUGAUGAUGUCGACGACGCCAGAUUCCAGCUGGGAGGUUCCCUGUAUUGUGCGGUGAGGAAUUACUCCACUAAGAAGGAGGAUGAGGUGUCUGUGCCCAUUGGCUCCGUGGUGGAGGUGCUGAGGAAGUCUGACAACGGCUGGUGGCUCAUCAGAUUCAAUGGCAAGGCAGGUUACAUCCCCUCCAUGUACCUGAGGCCAUACAACAACCCACGUACUGGCCUCUUCAACUUGCAGAGGAAGAUGCAUAGCUCUACUCUCAACCUGGCAUCCAGCAGUGCACCUCAGGCCUCUUAUUCACCCGGCACCAACCCAGAAUGGGAUUCUGCAGGUCAGUACAGAGGGCAGACCCCCGCGCCUGGGCGGUUCCACAAGUCCCAAUCUCUGGACGUCCUGUCUGAGACCUUGUCACAGCCACAGACGGAGAGGGACGCUCUGACCUCAGACGGGCGCGUGCGCAAAACGAGCAUCGCCAGCACCGAGUCCAGCCUGUCCGGCUUCUCCUCGAGCAGCGGAUCCAGCCACUCGGACAGCUCCACUAGCCCCACCGCAGCCUCACGCCAGCCUAGGAACGUCGGGGACAGUGGGCACAGUAGCCCUGAGCUCAGCCUGUCCGAUGGCCGCAGCUUCAGCAUUAGCUCCGAGGGCUCUCGAUCGAUCGGAUCCGACGGCAGCGAGGGAGCUCCGAGGGUCCCGCCCAGACCCAAGACUGAUGAGAUCCUGACCCGCUGCACCACCAUGACCCGCAAAGCAGCCCUGGCCUCCCAGAGCCAGCUUCGAAUUCAGCCACAGGCCAAUCAAAGCCACCGUCGCUGACAGUUUACAAAACAAAGACUGAUGUAUCUAUGUAUUUCCUGUUUAUUGAAACAUUUUUGAUUUUAUUAGAGAUAUAUGCACUUUGAAGAGACAGAUUCCAACAAACAAUGAUCAAAUUGAGCAUGUUGUUGAAUAUUUGACUAAUGUAUUUGACUAAUGUAGCUUCAAUGAAGCACUGUAAGGAGCAAGUAAAAACGAAUUGUUAUAUAGUAUUACAAUAUUUCCUCUAGCUUUAAGCUUGAAUAAAACAAUAAUCAAGCAAUGUGAUGAAGUUGAAGAGAUUACAUAUUUACACACUAUAUUGUUUACCUUUUUUCUCUUUACCAACAGUAAAACAGAAAAUAUAUUGUAUACCUUCUCUUUGAGGUAUCAUUCCUAGCAAUACCUUAACUUUUUAACUAAACAUUAAAAGUUUAUAUACUGCUUACGAAUACUUUCUGCUGAUGGACAAUUGUGAACAUACUGCGUUUGACAAGUGAAGUUCUUUUGAUCAACUUCCAUAUGUGCCGGGUGUGGU